UAUGGAGAUAUCGUCUAGUGAAGGGUGCGAAAGUAUGACGAAACCUGUACCGAGACCGUUUUCUAUCGAGGCUUUAAUGAGUGAUUGCGGUCCGAGGAAAAGUACGAAUAAUUUUAUACCGUGGGAACAGCAAAAUAAUCAAUUUGUGCAUUGUAAUAAAGACACUGAUUCUGAUGGAAGUGUCGAAAUGGAUUUGGCGCAGGAUUUGUCCAAUAGGAGUCAAAAAGAUGGCAAUUCGGAUUUAGAGGACGAUUUAGACGAAGCGCAUUCCUCGGAAAGUUCCGCCGCGACGAAAGCUCGCCGAAGACGUACCGCUUUCACCAGCGAGCAACUCUUGGAAUUGGAAAGGGAAUUUCACGCCAAAAAGUAUCUUUCUUUAACGGAGAGAAGCCAAAUAGCGGCGGCUCUGCGUUUGAGCGAAGUACAAGUUAAAAUUUGGUUUCAGAAUCGUCGAGCGAAAUGGAAGAGAGUCAAGGCGGGUUUGGGAAGCGGUCCUCAUCAAGGCGUUAAGAAUACGCAGCAGAAAAGUAAACUCGUCGUACCUAUACCAGUACACGUCAACAGAUUUGCUGUAAGGAGUCAACACCAACAAUUAGAAAGAGCUUUAGGUGAUUUGGCCGGGAGAGUUUUAGCCAGUCACGCCGCACUCAGGGUAGGUUUAGAUUUACACGGAUUUCACACGCAGGCCCCGCCUCGCUAGAAAUCCAAAGGGAAAUUUUAAGAUAUUAGUGAUUCCUAUGUGAUGUACAUAUACAGUGAGUGUUAUAAUGAAACAAAAUCGGUUUUGCAGGUUCCACAAACUUCAUCCGCGUGAGUUAUGACCUAAAUUAUCUCUAGUUGAAUAAUAAACUAUUAAUUAUUGUUGUUAUUGUGAUUGCGAUAAAUUUAAUGCACUCACUACAUAUGAUUUUCCAUAAUACAACUUUUUUUUUUGUAAAUUUCGAGUUAUAUUUAUUACAUAUAUCCCAAAAUGUGGUGCAAUAUUAUAGAAUAUUUUACUUUUAAAUCGAAAAAAUGACCAUUUCUAACAAUUCGUUGUUCAAUCGUAUUAUUUCCGUUCCUAAAAUAAAUGGUUUGAUGAUUUUUCCAAACUUUAGAUUGUACACGUUGUCCCUGUAAAAGUUACUAAUUGUUAACCAUUGGGCAUGAGCCGUCCCUGGUCUUCAGAUAGUAGUGUAGAAUCAGCCAUUAGAAAUUCAUAAUUUUCGAAUGUUUAACUUAGAAAAUCAACUUAAAUAUAAAUUCUGGGGGUUAUAUGAAAAAAUUUUCACGUCAUCUACUCAAUUUUUAGCAUAAACACCCUGUAUAUAAUUAGUAUUGAUACCUCUAGAUGGCGUAUUUGACGAUAUAAAAUUAUCUAUCUAUGUGUAAGAGGGAGAACUCAUUGUCCUUUUCUAUUCUCUUCUUUCAAGAAAUUAAUGGCGUCCGCGCUUGCGCGUGGCGUCGGUUUCUCCUGUCAUGUGGUCUCGCGAAUGUAAACAAAACAGAUCAGACUUUACACACGUUUACUUGAAUUUUUUUUAAACUUUUAUCAGUGAAAUGAAUAUUUUCGAAAAUAUUGUGUUAGGUUGGGUUAGUUUUGAAGAGGGCUGGGGGUUAAACAAAGCUGCGUAGGUAUAAAAACUUUUUUUAUAGUAAAGGACAACUACAUUCGAAAUGUUAAACAAAAUGGUUAUUUUCUUGAUGACUUGUAGAAUUUCAAUAUUAAAAUCAGAUACAGAACCAGUGUUUAAUAUA